AAAACAAAAAUGAUAAAAAUGAAAAGCUACUGAGAAUGGGAAGGUGUCGGGGUCUCGUUCGAAAUCAAAAUUAUCUGAAAUUUCGACAAUAAUGCAUAUAUUUUCGUAUGUGAUGUUAAGAGAUCUUUCUCAGUGAUAUAUUUAUUCUAACGAAUCAUUGUUCGAUGCACUCAAGAAAACGAACAUUCAAACCGGUACUGUGAACUUUUGAGCUAAUAAAGAGGAUCCUAGUGGAUAAAAGUUCAUUUGUGUUUAUAAACAAACCAGCACUAGCUUCGAAAAUGGUUUAAUUAUGUAGUUUAAAUUACCAUCUUCUUCUUUAGGAACGUACCGUUUGAAGUGUUGAUUCGAUAAGGAAUAGGCCUCUGGAUUGGAAAAUUAAUUACAUGUGUUGAAACCAGGACGAUGUGUAGUUAGAAAAAUCAUCAUCAGUCAUGAAAGGAAUUUGUUAUGCUGUGUUUUUCUUGUUGGUUUCUACAAAAGUCGUCAGAAGCAUACCAGCCAACUUGGAAGAUGACUAUGAAGAGGAAGUGGAAGAAUGCGACACCAAUGCAAUGACCAACGGUACCUUGAAGUUCACUUCGGAAAGACCCAAAAAUAUCACCAGAGACCCUGGAAAAAUGGUCAAGUUCGUGUGCCAAGUGGAAAACUUGGACAACACGACAGAGGUGGACAUAGAAUGGCAUAAGGACACGGUUCUCUUGGAGGAGAAAGGCUCCAAGAUCCAAAUCAAGACUAUGAGGGAGAAGAAUUUUGUGAAGUCCGUCCUGAAGAUAGCUAAAUUGGAUAUCUUCGACAAAGGUUUCUACGGAUGUACCGCCUUCAACGGUAUCGAUAGGAUCUGCACUCAAGCUGUCCUCCAAGUCAACUCUUUAGUUGCUUUUAGAGAUACUAGUAUAACAAGUGGUGCAGUCAUGAACACCAAUCGGGACCAAACCUCCAGUGGCGGCUUCUUUGGUGAACUGACAACGAUGCCGAACGUCCACCAGUCCGGUAGACCCGAUUCCACCUUCCUAUCCACGGAAUUCAACGCCUUAUCCAGUAAUCUGAAGCACGGCAAUGGCCUUGAAUUCGAUCUGUCUCCCACCGGCAAGCAACUGCCGUCGUCUGUCCCAUCACUGGUCAAUCUCAGCGAGCCCUUCUGCCAGAUCUACCAGGGAGAGAGAUGCAAGGACCUCCUUCACGGCAAAUACGUAUUCGUUCAACCUCCCUACACACAGAGGGCUAUCGAAGAUAUGUUGAAUAAUGCAUUCCUAGUCAUCUCGCAGUCCAAUGACAUUUCCUCAAGCUGCGAGAAGUUUGUUCACCCCAGCAUGUGCUACUCGGCAUUUCCUUCCUGUGUGGCCCCCAAACAAGUCAACAAAUUCCAGAAGGAACUGAUUGCGAAAGGAAUAGAAUAUCUCACCGAAGAGAGGUUUAAGAAGAUGAGAAACACCCUCACUAAAUAUUUAAGGAGGGUGUGCAAAGACGACUGUCUCCUCUUAGAAACAGAGUUAUGCAUGAAGGAAUACGCUAUAGCUAGAAGGCACCCUAUAAUUGGAUUAAUUCCAAAACUCGAAGAGUGCGAACUUCUGCCUGACGAGAUAGAUGGCAGCGUGAGGAACUGCCUACCCUUGGGGGUAGAACUUCAGAACAUCGACAAGGACGACAACUGUUUCUGGGAUCAAGGUCAUAUGUAUAGAGGAACCCAAGAUGUCUCGAUGUCGGGCAAAAAGUGCUUACGUUGGGCGCAUCAACUUCAUAUAGGUCUAUCAGAUAAUCUUGAAUUAACAGGACAUAACUAUUGCAGAAAUCCAGGAAAUGUUGAAAGUCAACCAUUUUGCUACGUGAGUCAUAAUGAGAAAGAGCUCUGCGACAUAUCCAAAUGCAUUUACAUUGUUGGGUUGUACGUCUUUGUCAUCUUUGCUGCUAUAUCUUUGACAGUAGGCCUCUUAGUAGCCUUCUUUUGCUGUAGAGGGAAGAGGAAAUUCGCCAGGAAUAUCCAAAAGAUGAACACUCCCACCGCAGACAAAAAUAUUUACGGCAAUCACAGUCCAACUGCACCCUCGAUGGAAAUGAACAGUCUGCUGCCGCCUAACAUUCCGCCUCCGAGAAAUCACCAUCCUAACAAGGGUUCGAUCAGCAUAGUGCCACAAUUUACCCAUAAAGAGGUCAAUUUGAUGGAGGAACUUGGAGAGGGUGCUUUUGGAAAGGUAUAUAAAGGCGAAUUGAAGUUCAAGAACGGUCAGAGAUCCUACGUUGCUGUCAAAUCCUUAAAGGAAAACGCAAGUGCCAAGACUCAAGCCGAUUUUCAGAGGGAGAUCGAGUUGAUAAGUGAAUUGAAACAUCCCAACAUUAUUUGUUUGUUGGGCAUUGUUCUGAAGCAGGAUCCGGUUUGCAUGCUUUUCGAGUAUAUGUCAGAGGGCGAUCUACACGAGUUCCUGAUAGCUAACUCCCCCAACGAGGGCAAAUGCCUCACUCAAAACCAAUUCCUCCAUAUAGCUAUCCAGAUAGCGCAGGGUAUGGAGUAUUUAUCCGAAAAUCACUAUGUACAUCGUGAUUUAGCAGCCAGAAACUGUCUGGUCUCCAAGGACCUGGUGGUGAAGAUCAGCGAUUUUGGACUCAGUCGAGACAUGUAUAGUUGCGACUACUACAGGGUACAGUCCAAGUCUCUUCUACCUGUCAGAUGGAUGCCUCCAGAAUCUAUUUUGUACGGGAAAUUCACCACGGAAAGUGAUGUUUGGUCUUAUGGUGUGGUACUGUGGGAGAUAUACAGUUACGGUCUCCAGCCUUACUACGGCUUCAAUAACCAAGAGGUGAUCAACAUGAUUCGUUCAAGAAAACUGUUGCCUUGCCCAGAGGCGUGUCCGAGCCAUUGCUAUUCACUGAUGGUCGAAUGUUGGGCAGAACUCGCCAUUCGCCGCCCCAACUUCUCCGAGUUAGCGCACAGACUGAAGGUAUGGAAGCACAGUGGCUCAGUUAGCGGAUCCUACAUCAAGACGCCGGAGCAUGCCUUACAACCUCACAAAUACGGACACAGCUCAAAGUCGAGUCACAGCUCAGAUAACCAUACGACCACCAGUGGCUAUGCCGAGACUUCACCCAGUGAACCCGCUCCAAUAGACAGAAAUCUGGCACGUUGCAAUAGGCUGAAUGAGAGUCAAAACAGCCUAAGUAGUAGGUGCUCUAGCCUAGGAAACAGGACGCAGAGCACAAACCUGAGCAACGACCUAAAAGGAAAGCGUAAGAAAAAACACAGUUCUUUGGAGAGGACAAACCCUAAGAAUAUGGUGGUUAGUUCAGUAGGUGACAAUAUUGAGAUUAAGAUAAACGAAUGAAAAGAUUAAGAUGGGUUGUUAUACCUAAAAGUUGGGUUUUAACAGCUGGGGAUUCUUGUUUAUUUGGGCUGAAUCGAUUGUUGAAAAAUUUUCACAACUAUUUUGUUAUGGAUAGCUGUGGUUUUGAAUGUUUUUUCUUGCCUCAUUUUGUCUUCAUUUGCUCAUUUUGGCACAAAAUCAACAAUAAUACAAAUUUGCAGGAUGGCCAACUUUUAAGAACUUAUUCAAGUAUUCCCAAGAAUCAAAAGCACUCUCAGAUUUUAUAAUUGGUUCAUGACUUAUACAGACAUCAAUUAGAGUUAUGUAUUUCAGAACUUGCUUACUAUGGAAAAGUUUAAAAUUUUAGUGUUUCCUACGGAGGAUUGUCCAACCAUUGGGUAUAGUUUACCCUUUUCUAUAUUUGCUUCUCUUGCAUCAUACUAUUUUUAAUGACUGACACUUGUCUAAUAUACGUAAAAGAUUCUAUAUAAAUGAAAUUGAAUAUAAAUUUAAUAUUGUUUGAAUCAGAUGGAGGUAUAUGUAAUAUAUGACAUUCAAAAAUUUGCACCAAACCUCUAUGGAAUACAGUAACAAAGCCUACAAAGACACAACCUCUCACAAACUCUGAGUUUCUUAAAAGUCUCUCAGAGGUCUAAGAGACCUCCGAACACAAACAUAUCUGGAAGUUAUUAUGUCGUAACAAUAUCUCAUCUAUUAAUGCCUUCUAGAACAGUUUCUAUAAAAUAAAAUAGAAAAAAAGACAAAGAAAGGCUGAUAUGAUUUACUAUUUUCAUAAUAAAUUUAUUUUAUUUUUUUUCUGAAGGAUGGAUGACAUCUGAAAAGUAUUCACAUAGCACCUUGGAAACUCAAAAUUUUCGUUUUAUAGACAUCGUGGAUUCUAAUUUCGAUUAGGAAGAUUUUUUUUUAAUUUUCUUGAAGAGUAAGCAAUUAAUGGUAAUGAUCUUAUGGUGCCAAAGAACAUUAUAAAGGCAUACACAGAAAUCCAUCCGUUUUUCUAAUUCUUGCAAGCCUAGUACUCUUGAUAGAUCUCAUAAAAGCCUACAAUGAAAUGAAUGCAUUUUUUUUAUUUCUAUUUUGAAAUUUCAUACUCUGAAAUAUCUGUACAGGUCAGUCAAUUCAAUUGAAUCAAUUAUAUGGGAAGUCAUAGCACAAAAUAAUGUAAAUAUUGAUCAAAAUGUUUCCUUCCUGAAAAGAUAUGAUCUGAGUGUACGAAAAUAAAUUUUCAAAAUUGCCAUGUAGAUUUAAGUAUUUUGGAAGUAUGAAAUGAAGAGUGUACAAUCGAUCUCAUUCAAUGAUGCAGAGAUUCCUUUUUAAGGGCUUUUGACUUGACUCGAAAAAUGAUUUCUCCCUGUUUUCAGGGUUUUCCACAUCACAAAAUAUAAAUUUCAUGUUUUAUAAAGUACAAAAUCAUUUAUCGAUUGCAUUCUUCAAAAAAUCCGAUCAAACACCACAUGUUCGCAGUAACUUUCUUUUGUGUCCAUGUGUAGAUAAGAUGUUGAUGUCAAGAACCCUUUUCUAUAUUUGCUUCUCUUGCAUCAUACUAUUUUUAAUGACUGACACUUGUCUAAUAUACGUAAAAGAUUCUAUAUAAAUGAAAAUGAAUAUAAAUUUAAUAUUGUUCGAAUCAGAUGGAGGUAUAUGUAAUAUAUGACAUUCAAAAUUUUGCACCAAACCUCUAUUAGAACAAUCCACUAUUGAAACAACAGAAAAAUCUAUCUCUAUUUUUCUAAAAGAUUUAGUUAAACUAGAUCUGAUAUAAAUUUGUAAACGAAUAAUGCGAAGUAGUUUUUGUCGUUUCAAUCUUGUGGAUAUUCUUCCACAGAGUUGUUAUAAACUUUGGUGUUCAUUAUACAUUUGGAUAAUGUAAACAAAAUUAAGAAGUAUGUUAUUGUAUAUAGAAUGAAUGUUUGAUAUCUGUGACAUUUUAUUUUUGUCUCUUUGAGUUUUAGGUGAAAAGAAGAAAAUACAUAUUCUAAGUAUUGAAUGUUGUGGGUUCUUGAGCGCUCAAUAAUAUAAUCCGAAUUUUAAAUUGUUGAGCUGAAUGAAAUAUGUCUAUUCAAUUACAUUCUAUUUGAUGAGAGAAAUUUUGGUUGUUUUACCAAAGAAAUUAAUAGACUCAAGCCAAAUUCGUUAUGAAAUAUCGACAUAUCUGAAAUGGUUAUGUAGAAUUUUCUAUUCUUGGUUCCAUUACAUGACAGCUUUAACUUUUUCUUUCGAAUUUGGUCAGGCAACUAUUUUUAUUUAUUUGAAUUAGGAGUUAUGUCUCAAUUCACAUACUGAUGUGGAAGAAAAUUAUGGGACUAUAGAUUUCUCCUUGAUCUAGAAUGAGUAAAGCCAGUAUUCUAUUAGGCCAAUGUAAAUUGAUCUUCUUUUAUAAAUUAUUGUUUGGAGUGCCGACAUUUUAGGUGUUGACCUGUAUAUAAUAACAACACAAGCAGACUGCUUGGGAAGAUCAAUAAAAAUGUAUUUUGAAGGCAUGUGACUAGUCUUUGCGUUUCUGGUAAUGAAAAAUUAGGUGAUGUUGAAUAAGUUUGAACAUUAUUGCAUCAAGUGAGUACUUUUUCGAAAUUAUUUGACCAUAGGGUACAAAAUUACUCAUUUUUAUCACUUCUUUUGAAUAUAAUAGAAUAUUUCUUAACUAAAUGGAUGCUUUGUAAUAUUAGUUGGAGAUGUAAUUAUAAAUAUUAUGUUCUCUAAAGAAGCGGACUCAUUAACACCUACUUGUGUGAGAUAAAUGUGAUAUACCUGAAAAAUAAUCACAAACAGGACUAUGAAAGUCAAAAGGAAAAUGUUUUCAAUAAUUCCAUAUCAUAAAAUAAUUAGGUGCAGGUGAAUGAUCUAGCAGUGAAAGUAUCUAAGUAUAUUAAUGGAUAUUAAAAAAUUGAAGAACUGAAUUAAAUAUUCAGCCCAUAAGAGAUGGCAUUAUAGUUUGUGAUUCUUUUUUAAUUAUGGUAAUAAGAAUGCUGCUCAUUGUUUAUUCACAAAAGAUAUACUGCAUUUUGAACUUGAAUUCAUUAUUGUUUUAUAAGUAUUUUCUUUAGACAUUAAUACGACGCUAUAGUUGACUCCCAAUGCGAAUAUAAUUUCUCAUUCAAUUCAUUGUUAUGAUUAUUAUUCGUUUCCAUUUUGUAAAUAAAAACAAGCGUACAUUAAUAAUGUAUGAACAAAUAUUUGCUAUAUUUGGUUCAAGUUUAGUCCCUAUGGUCCCAAAAGUUUCUUCCAUAUCUUUAUUUUUAAAGUCAAGAAUGCCAAAUCGAUAUUUACUAUUUUUUUAGGUUAAGAUCAAAAUAUAAAUUUACUAACAUCGAAGUUGGUAACGAGAUAUAUUAAUUAAAUGUUUUUAUAUUAUAUCAGAUUUGAAACAUGUUUUCAAAUCUGAUUGGAAUCUAUUUGAACGAGAUUUCAGUGUCUUUCGUUUUUAUAAAGAGUCAAUUAUAAGGAUACCUUAUAUCAUCUGAAUUUUGCUUUUGAACAGAGUUUUCCAAAUGAACUGUAUAAAAAGUCACUGAAAUCUUGGGUUGGGCAGUUUUUGUAUUUUUAUGUAUUCGAAAAUGAAUGUUUUUGUAAGGAAAUGUGACUUUACACAGUAUAAAAUGUUUUUUUUU